AUGUGGCUGCGAGUCUUCUUCACGCUCUUCGUCUUCAGCGUCUCCGGCAGCCAGGCGGCCUCAGUGUUCCUGGACCCAGACGUGGCCCACAGGGUCCUGGUCCGGGCCCAGAGGUCCAACUCGGGCUGGCUGGAGGAGCUCCAGAAGGGAGACCUGAAGAGGGAGUGCCUGGAGGAGAGGUGCUCAUUCGAGGAGGCCCGAGAGGUCUUUGAACACACCGAGAGAACAGAACAAUUCUGGACAACAUACAACCUCCCAGACAGCUGUAAGUCCAGUCCCUGUCUGAACGGGGGCAGCUGCUCCCCCCAGGGGGGGUCCUACACCUGCUACUGCCCGCCCCAGUUCAACGGACUCAACUGUGAGAAUGAGGACCGAGCGGUGUGGGACAGCUGCCUGCUGGAGAACGGAGGCUGUGAACAUUUCUGUGAUGAAGACGAGAAAGGACGAAGACUCAACUGCUCGUGUGCAGAAGGCUACUUCCUGCACACUGAUGGACAAAGCUGUGUAGCAAAAGAGGUGAUAGUGUGUGGUAUGGUCCCCGUCCUGCACGGACAGAAGAAGUCUGACUCUAGAGGUCGAAUCGUCGGGGGAACCGAGUGUCCCCGAGGUGAAUGUCCCUGGCAGGUUCUGCUGGUGUAUAAAGACAAAGGGUUCUGUGGAGGAGUGAUCUAUACACCAACAUGGAUCAUCACAGCAUCUCACUGUCUGGAGGACACAGAGGCUCGCUUCCUCAAGGUGGUCGCAGGCGAGCACAACACGCAGCUUGCCGAGGGCUCUGAGCAGUGGAUCCAGGUCUCCCAGAUCAUCGUGCACGAGAACUACGUGAAGCGCACGGCCGACAACGACAUCGGCCUGCUGCGCCUGGCGGCGCCGAUCGUCUACACGCCGUACGCCGUGCCGGCCUGCUUGCCGACGCGGCCGCUGGCCGAGCGCGUGCUGUGGGCGGUCGCCAAGCACACGGUGAGCGGCUGGGGCCGCCGCAGCGAGAACGGGCCCACGUCCACCGUGCUGCGGCGCCUGGCGGUGCCGCGGAUACGCACGCAGGUCUGCGUGGAGGAGAGCGGCGUGGAAAUCACCGACAACAUGUUCUGUGCCGGAUACAUAGAGGGCCUGCAGGACUCGUGCAAAGGAGACAGCGGUGGCCCGUUGGUGACCCUCUACGGUAAGACAGUGUUCCUGUUGGGUAUCGUGAGCUGGGGGAAAGGCUGCGCCCGGCCGGGCGCCUACGGUAUCUACACCCGGGUGUCCAACUACCUGCCGUGGAUCCACAACCGCACGGCGCCACCAAAAGGGCUGCCCAAUCGCACGCCACUGCCAACCGUGCCAACCAACCACAGAGCUCUGUCAACUGGACUAACCAACCACAGAACACUGUCAACUGGGCCAACCAACCACACAGCGCCCCCAAACAAGACAACCAAUCACAAGCAAGACAACCAACCACAGAGCACCCCCAAACAAGACAACCAACCACAGAGCACCCCCAAACGAGACAACCAACCACAGAGCACCCCCAAACAACACAACCAACCACAGAGCACCCCCAAACGAGACAACCAACCACAGUGCACCCCCAAACACGACAACCAACCACAGUGCACCCCCAAACAAGACAACCAACCACAGAGCACCCCCAAACGAGACAACCAACCACAGAGCUCUACCAACCGGACCAACCAACCACAGAGCUCUACCAACCGAGACAACCAAUCACAGAGCACCCCCAAACGAGACAACCAACCACAGAGCACCAACAACCAACCACAGAGCACCCCCAAAACGAGACAACCAACCACUGAGACUUCAACGCCACUGAGACUUCGCUACACAACCUGA